UUUCACAAGUGCGCAUGUCCGGAAUUGAUGUUGUCAGUGGUGGUUAUGGAGAUGAGAUGGGACUACGAGCAGUCAACUACACGGUAAUGUUGCUGUGCUCAUCAGAGGAAUGCCCAAGAAGAUAGGAUUUAUUGUGGUCAGCUCUUCGAGUCAUGAGGACAAAUUCAGUGCCAAGGAGCUAAUGGUCCACGCACCCACAGUCCAUGGCUGGAGAUCCAGCAGGCUGUGCUCCUUCCCCCAGCACAUCACCCUUCAACUGGUGGAGAGGAGCAGGAUAAGGAAGCUGCAGCUGCUGGCUCACCAGUACCUGAUCCCAACCAAGGUGGAGUUCUAUAUUGGAGACAGCCUUCCUGAGACCAGUCCACCAGGACUUUCUGGACAACUUCAGAGGCUUGGGUAUGUGUCUCUGGCGGAUAACGAGAAGACGGCUUUUAAAUCUCGGGAGCUCAAGUCGGUCCACGUGGAUGCCGCUGGAACGUAUCUGAGAAUAAUGCUGCACAGGAACCAUCCCAACCGUUACAACCACCACAACCAGGUUGGUUUGGUUGCCAUAAAUGUCCUUGGGGAUCCUCUGGAUGGCAGCAGCUCCUUAAACACAACACCAAGCAGAGAGCAGCUGAUUGAACACUACCUCACCAGCACCCAGCAGGAAUCCGCCUUGGACACGACUUUCAUGGGGAAAACUGAGAGCAUCUCCCCAUUUGACGACUUGGCCUUUGAUAUGUACCAGGACCCAGAAGUCGCUUACAUCAUUCGCCUCUUGGACCAAAAAAAGCACGACAUGGUCCAACAGGAGAACUUUGAGGUGGCCAAGAUUCUCAAACAGGCCAUUGCAGAUGUGCAAAAGGUGGGAGAGCGUUUGGCUCGGUACGAUGUGGAGAAACGGUGCGCCAUCGAGAAGGAGGACUACGACUUGGCCAAGAAGAAAAAGGAGCUGAUGGACGAGUACAGGAGGACUGUUUACCAGCAACUUGAAGUGCACAACCUGCUGGACGUCACGGUGAUCACCGGAGCGGCAGGGUCAUCCCCAGUCCUGGGCCCCCCCACACAUCUGCCUUCUCCAGGCCCCACCAAGCCCCUGUUGUCCACAGACCCUUUCAGAAAGGGGAACAAAAUAAACUCUCAUCAGCAUCAGCUGCCAGCCAAACCAGCUGUUGUGUCCAAACACAUCAGGCCACCUGAUGCCUCCGCAGCUUUACCCAAGAUCGACGUUACAACUUUGCUUUAUGAUGAGACGCCACUGCCGGCCCUUCAGAGGCCAUUGGAGAGCAUUCCAAGCCCGGCGGCAGAGCGCCCCCCGAAAUGUGACGCUCAGAGGACUUCACAAGGACCUGAGCCGAUUGGAGAACCAGAACUCCUCACAGAGACGGCCCAGAGAGAAGCUGGCCUCGCGGUAGAAGUCUAUGGAGAGAGACUGGUUGCUGGGGCAUAUUCUAAAACCUGGUGCCACAGGGAAGAUGCUCUUGUGACCGUCCACAGCAAACUGCAGUUGUCUUCCACGGCCGCCAAGGAGGAGCUGAGAAACAUGAUCAGAGCUGCUGUGUUUUUGGUGAAGAUGGCUCUGCUGGAUAAAGUUACACCUGUUUUCCAUGCAUCCCUGAAGCUGCUGCGGUUGCUGGUCCAGCUGAUCCCAGGUCUGGGUCUGGGUCAGGCUGAGGUAAUCCACUGCAUUGAGCAGACGUUUCCUCACUUGCUGUCCAGAACCGGAGAUCUCGCCAACCGUGUACGGGCUGCAGCCGUCACCUUCAUCCAGGAAAUUGCAGUUUUGAAGGAUGUCCGGGCCGUUCAGAUAAUCCCAGGUGAACUGGUGAAGCCUUACAAAUCCAACUUCCCUUCUCGUCUGGCCCAGAGUCGGGCCGAGCUGAUCAAGAAUUUACUCGUGGAUCUGGGUUUAGAGAACUCGGGCUUCACCCUGGAAAAUGUCAUCACGUUCUGUACAGCAGCAUUGGAGCACAGUACAAAAGCGGUCCGGGAGCUGGCUGUGAGCAUCAUCUUAUCCAUGUAUCAACAGCACAGAAGAGCCGUUCUCAGCUACCUUCCACCCAGCGAUGCUCCAACAUGGAACAAGUUUCUCUACAAAACCCUCUUUGACGGCUUUGCAAAGCUUGAUGGCAAGCUGGCAGAGACUCAGACUAUAAAGAAGGGCAGGAAGCAGCAGUCUGGAAAAAAGGAGACUGGGGAAAUCCACUCCCUUCAGGAGCAGCUGGCCGUCUUAAAAGACAUCACAGAAAAGGAGAAUGAAAGCACCAAAGGACAAAGCCCUAAAAAAGAACAACACAAAGACAUUAAAGGGUCUGUAAAAGGAGCCAAAGCAAGUGUCACAAAAAGACCACAGAGCUCGACAAGUUGUGGAGAAGAUGGUGUUCAACACUCCAUCAAGUAUCUGGACAACUUGUGUAUAUUCUGUGGUAAAAUAGACGAGUCCUUCACGGAGGACGGGUUGGACAUCCACUACUGGAAACAGUGUCCGAUGCUGCGGCGCUGCGAUGAAUGUAGACAGGUUGUUGAGAUAGCCAGUCUGACAGAGCACCUGCUGAGCGAAUGUAAAAACAUGUCAAGGUUCAGUCAGUGUCCACGCUGCUCAGAGGCCGUUCCCACUGAGGGUCUGACUGCUCAUGCCCAGGGUCCGUCCUGCAACCCCCUCGUCUCAGGAAACGGCUCCACCUCCAACCACUGCUCUUUGUGUCAUGAUAACUUUCCACCUGGAGAGGAGGCCUGGAAGGCUCACCUCAUGGGCAGAGACGGCUGCAAACAAAACUCACGCAGGACCACCGUGACCCAGAGAACCCAGCCAGCACAAGGCAGGGCUGCGGGUGGAACAAAGAUGAAGCAGGCCUGGUCCGUCGGAGCUGGACCCAGACCCAGAGUCAGACCUGUGGGCAGAGGCAGCCGGAUCCCAGCUCUCACACCUUUGAUCAAAAGAAACCCACCUGGGAAGCGCUGAAGCUGGUUCGUCACAGCCUCCAUCACUCGCAGGGACUGAAAAACCCCACUUGACCAAAUCAGAGUAACAUAAAGCUGGAUCCAGGUCAGAGACACUGCUGGGUCUCUGAAAGUCUUUUUAUUCAAGAGUAAGAAAAGACAAACUUGACCCGUUACGUCACGCCUGUGGGAUCGGUAAACAUAAGACUUCUGCCAUCUGAGGCCUCUGGGAAGGCGUUUAGAGCUCAGAGCCGGAACGUGUUUCUGCUCGGUGACUAAAGACAACAUAACAGCUGGUUUUUAGUCCCUGGUAUUAAAUAAAAAUUCAAACAUCCUCGAUGCUGCUCUUCCCUUGACCCGACUAAGGAUGACUUUUGUGUUUCGUAACAAAACAAAGCCUCUCUGGUUUGCCAUCUCCAUGCUGAGACAACGCUGACAUCAUCAAGGAGAUUUGUUUAUCACAGGAUAUUUAGUAACUUUCUGAGCACAAAGGAAUACUUCUACUUUUAUUUUUUGAGUUUAAUUUAGAAAAAUAACACAUUUAGAGUAUUCUCACUUCUUUAAAUCUUCCAAAUGUUGUGGUAUCAAUGAACGUCCAACUGGUCUCCACAUCUUACCAGAAAAACAAUGAAUGUACCUUUAAAAACCCCCUUUUACACUGUAAGAAAUGAUACGUUGAAUUUACUUAACCAAAUAAAGUAAACUGGUUCCAAUAAACGUAGCUGCUUCAAUGUAAAGAAGAAAGUACUUUUACUUUUAACAACAUUUAACAACGAAUGUUAAUCUUUACAUUUAAACAAGGUUUUGUGGACCCAGUUCACAUAACUGUAAGUAAAUUUAACGUUCCAUUUCUUACAGUGUAGAGCUGAGAGGAAACCCGAGGUUGAGGCUCGGGUAAGAGCAGAAAUCUUUCCUCCAUGGCAACCGUGAAGACAAAUCUUCAGUCCAAAAGCCGUUAACAGCCUGGUGACGCUUUUCUGGUCACCAUCUGCUCACAUGUUUUCAUUUUACUGCUCCUUCUAAGCUGUAUGGAGCAGCGCCUUGCCAAAGGGACGAUGUUAAUAAGCAGAAACAAUAUGUAUGUACUCGAUUAUUGCUUACUGACAAUCUUGAAUGGAACUGAGAGCAACAAACCAUUUUUUUGGCUUUUUAAACAAAAAGGAAAUUGUAGAAGACGUGUUGAGUCUAAACUGAACCCAACAAAUAUGAAGCACUUUAGAGACAGAAGAUGAACAAUCACCUCAUAUAUCUGUUUAAAAAAGAAACAGAAUAAAUGUUUUAAUGCCUGAAAAGAUGUCAGGUUUUUCUUUGUCUUAAUAAUUGUGUAAAUGUUGCAUAUUGUGUUGUUUUUCCUCCAGUUUCACAGAUGACUACACUGUAAGAAAUGAAAUGUUGAAUUUACUUAUUCAUUUCAACUGGUUCCACUGAACCACGUUGCGUAAAUGUAAAGAGUGUUUGUAUUAAACAUAAUGUAUAUUACUAUUUACAUUUAAGGCACUAUAGUGGAAACAGUUGAAACAAAUUGGUUAAAAAUUGUUAAAUUCAACAUUUCAGGUCUUGGUGUUUCAAAAGCCUGUUGAUUUAACACUUAUGUGGAUUUUAACAUUUCCAUCCUUUGUGUUAAGAUAGUAGUAGUGGCACAGUUGUGUGUUUAAUGGUGCUUUAUGUGCACUCUAGUCAGUAUUUUCUUUAUAUUGCUAUAGUUUUUCUUGCAAAUGUAAUAAAGAUGUGUUAAAAAGGA